CGGUAGCGGGCCCAGUAUCACCUACCAGUCAGUGUGCCGCUGCCGCUAGUCUACCAGGACGUAAAAUAAAAAUAUCUCACGAGCAGACGAACUUAACACCAAGAGGAAGCAACAAAUGGUACAGUGUGUCACAGUGUCGGACGGUGUGUGAAGAGAGUGACAAGGUGUAGUACUGUGUGUGGCCUCCCUGACUCCUCUCUUAUGAGACAAUAAUAAUAAGAUAAAUAAAGACAAUGAAUAAGAGAUAAAACUUGAUAAUUGAAGAAAAUAAGUGAAAUAUGAAUGGACUUGAUAAAUGAAGAAAGUGAAGAAAGAUAAAAAAAUUGAUAAUUGAAGGUAAUAAAGAGAAAUGUAACGGAACUUGAUAAAUGAAGAGAGUAAAGAAAGGUGUGAAAUUAGGUAAUUGAAGCAAAAGUGAAGCAAUAAAUGAUAAAAUUUGAUAAAUGAAGAUAAGUGAAGUAACAAGUGUUUAUAAGUGGUAAUCCGAUUAACAAUGGUACUUUAUAAGUUAACUGUGAUUGUAAGUGCAGGAUUAAAGUGAGAUACGGAAUUAUAAGUGUAUAGAAAAAUUAACACUGCAGUUAAGUCAGCAUAAAAAGUCACCUGAGAUCACCAACUCACCACACCACAUCCUCUACAGUCACCAGGUCACCAAGCAGCCUCUGUGUGGUGAAGGGUGUGGUACCAGGUCAUGUUGGGUCACGUGUGGGCAGGUUGAAGGUCCCGCCCACAGUGCCAGCAGCAUGCAGGUGUGGGCGGUGCCAAGGGCGUUGAGGGUGGCACUCCUCCUCCUUCUCCUCACCUCCUCUAACGUCAUUGCCCCUCCACCUACAGAUGCAGGUGAAGACAUAGGAGCCUCAGGUAGGGGCGGGAGGCAUCGUAGGAGAGCUUUCCCAGGACCUCACUUCCAUCCUACGUCUCCUACCAACGUCACCACGCAGCUAGGGGCACACGCUUAUCUCCCCUGCAGGAUAAAGAACCUUGGAAAUAAAUCGGUAUCGUGGAUAAGGAACCGAGACUCCCAUAUACUGACCGUCGACCGCUACACCUUCAUCUCGGACGAGCGGUUCACCUCCUGGCACGAGGCCCCGACGCAGACGUGGACGCUGCAGGUGCGGUAUGUACAGGAGAGGGACGCCGGCAGCUACGAGUGUCAGGUGUCAACAGAACCCAAGAUGAGCCAUUUUGUACAGCUUAAUGUGAUCACCCCCAGCGUGACCAUCGCCGGGGUGUCAGACCUAUACGUCAAGAGCGGCUCCACUGUUAACAUCAAGUGUGUGAUAUCUGACGCACUCGAGGAGCCAACCUACAUCUUCUGGUACCAUGGUGAACGUCGGGUCGUGAGCGCCAACUCUGAUCGUAUACUGUCGGUGGAUCGUAUUCCUCCCGAUACCUCCAUCGGCACCCUCACCAUCCCCUCGGUGUCUCUCGCAGAUUCUGGCAACUACACGUGUGCUCCCGCCUCUCUGCAGAUGGCCUCCGUCAUGCUGCAUGUGUUGAGUGGUGAGCUUCCGGCGGCCAUGCAACGUGGGACUACAACCUCGGCGACCAAGUCCUCCUCCUCUUCUUCCUCCUCCUCUUCUGCCUCCUCCUCUUCCUCCUCCAGCGGGGUCCUGGUGGUGCUCCUGACGACGGCGGUGUGGUUAAUGAGGUCCUCCACGUGACCACAGGUACAGUGAACGCCCAUACACACGCCCACCUCCCGCCCAUCUUACCACCGACAGCAACCUGCUCACACUACCUGCCACUAUGUCGAAUUUACUGCAGGUGUUGAGUGCUUCAGGAGGGCCGUGUCCCGGGGUUCAGGUAGCUACUGAAGGUGAAGUGUUUCUCGUCCUUCUUCUUGCUGCCCGUGGUGGCUACUGAAGGUGGAGUGUUGCUCGCACUCCUCCCUGUUGCCUGAGGAGGUGCAGGUGAAGUGUUACCCGUGUAGUGAAGAUCCGCAGGUGAUAGAACAUUCAGAAGACAUUCAUAAAUCCCAAAGUGAAUGAAAUCAGUGAAUGAUGAAGGAAAAUGAUGAGUUAUGGAUAAGUAAUGAUGGAAAAUGAAAGAAUAUGAUCAAAACUGGACAGUGAGUGAAUGAAGGAAA